CCAUGCGCGGGCGCCAUAUUGCCGAGCACUCCUCCCCUCCCUCCAGCCGGGUCCGAGCACACACAGCCACAGCUGCGGCGCAGGAGGCGACAGACUGAACAAGGCUACCGUUGGAGUGGACCGGUGAUACAGCAAAACCAAGAGCAACCCCGUGGAAUUCAAUUGAAUGGAUUAAACCUCUUUACGCCACUGUUUACUGACCGAAUUGGGACUUACGUCACGGCGCCACGGAUAAAAGGUCGUUUUGAGUCUUUGUAGUUUCUUUUUAGAGAAUUGAACAGCUAAAACGUCUGUGUAUGUAGCUUGUGUUUAGCUCAACGGUGAUGGAUACUUGAAGCUAGCUAGCCGACUGUACUUCUGUCAGGCUAGUAGCAAUAGCCCCAUAUUAGCUAGUUUUCUCGGCUGUUACUCCGCUUUAACGUUUGUGUUCAUUCUAGUAUACAACAUGUUAGUUUGUUAGAAAGAAAAAGACAAAGUGAGCACACCGGCGUAUUGGAACUGCUAUCAGCUGACGUUAGCUCGCUAGCUACACGUAAAGCAGCCACCAGCUUUCUUUGCUACUCAUACAAUUUGUCGUGUAUGAGUGGCUGUAGUUAAUAAGUACAACUUUUCUUGAUAUUUAAACCGGACUAUCUCAUUUUUUGGCCGUGUGGUCCACUCACCGUAGUUUUGUCAAAACGGCGGCGUUAACGAGCUUCAACUUUGUUACAUACUGUCAGAGACCAACUACCCCCCGGAUUUUCUUGAAAUGCAUCAUCCGGACCCCACUGGAGACUCUGGCAGUGUUAGAAAGAUGGCGCACCCGGCUGUCUUUCACAGAAAGGGUAGCAACACAAGCAGUGGGAGCAGCCCCUCGCUGUCAACACCGGUGGUCACUAACAGUCACGGCUCGGCUGCAGAAGAAUAUCAGACCUCCCUGUUGAUUCAGUGCCAAACUCCUGCUGCUUCGUCCUCCCCAGGACCUCACCAUCCUCCCUCCCACAGCCUGAAUCUACAUCCCCAGGCUGCACAGUCUGCUGGGGCUCAGAUGAAAAAGAAGAGUGGCUUCCAGAUUACAAGUGUGACCCCUGCACAAAUAUCUGUGAGUACCAACAACAGUAUUGCAGAAGACACAGAGAGCUAUGAUGACCUGGAUGAGUCCCACACGGAGGAUCUGUCAUCCUCCGAAAUCAUGGAUGUAUCUCUCUCCCGAGCUAAUGAUGUAGUGGGGGCAGAGAGAAGCUCCUCUGAGGAGACCCUGAAUAAUUUCCAUGAGGCUGAAACCCCAGGACUGCUGUCUCCAAACCAGCCUUCACACCUCCAUUCCCUGAACCAAGCUCCACAGCAUGGAGGAGGUAUGGUGAAUGGGACUGUGCAUCGUCAUCCUCAUCAUCAGAACCACGGCCAGGCCUACCCACUCUCUUCUGGGCCUGUGAGCGCCUCAUCUACCCAUGCCUCUGUCACUCAGAAAAUGCCUUCUAAUGUUGGGGUCUCCCAAGAGACCCUUGCACAUGUUGUUUCUCAGCCUGCUGGGGUAGUGGGCCUGGGAUCUGCUCCUGGAAUGCUCAGCUCUGCUACAGGCACUGCAGUUAGUAUAGUUAAUCCCCAGACCAGCAGUGUUAGUAAUGUGAAUAUGUUGAGCUCUGCCAAUGUGCCUGUGAGGGGGGGAAUAAGCACGAGUGCUAACAGCAGCUCUGGAGGCUUUCCUCUCAACGCGAAAAGCGCUGCCGGGGGUGGCAGAGGUGCAGGUGGUUCUGCUGCAUCCGGGGGCAACCUCAUGACUAACACCAAUAACGGCAUGAAUCAGCAACAACAAAGUCUCAACUCUAAUAUCGCGUCAACGACUACAACCACUUCUGCUGUUACUGUUGGCAGUGCCUCUGGAGGGCCUGGUCUCUCAAGUGGGAUUCAGGCAAGACACAGUUCCCCGGGUGCCCCUGUUACUAUCUCGGCUACCCCUGCCCAACCUGCCCCAACUGCUGCGCCGGCUGUUGCUACCACCAGUUCUCGCUUCCGGGUGGUGAAGUUGGAUUCAAGUUCUGAGCCCUUCAAGAAGGGCAGAUGGACAUGCACUGAAUUCUACGACAAGGACACACCCAGCUCUGCCUCGUGCUCAUCUACAUCCGAUGCUGGCUCUAGCAGCACGCGCCAGUUUGUCCCUGAGAACUUUGUUGGGUGCGCAGAGAGGGAAAGCACAAGUGGUAGCUCUGUGAGUAGUACUUUGAGUACAGUGAGUCAUUAUAUGGACAGUGUUUGCAGUGCAGAGGUUGGGGGACCUUCGGUUUCCCAACAUGGCCAGGAAUAUGCAUCCCCUCCUCAGGGUUUCCAAGCAAUCAUCCCCAGUGGCUUAAGUAUGGGUGUGUCUCACACUCAAACUCACGUCAACCCCCAAGACAUCACCCAUUCCCAUAUCAAAGCCGGCAUGGCUUCCUCUACUCCCUCAAACAGCAAUCAGCCUGUACCCAUGCCAGGCCACUCUAUCACCAGUGGAUUGCCUAUGCCCAAUCUACCCCAGCAGCAGCUCACCUAUGCCCAGGCAGUUGCUAAUCAACCUACAGGAUCCACACAGGGCUUAGUCGGUGUUCAGCAGCACCAGCUUGGCUACACCCCACUCCCUCAGCAUCCAUCUGCUGCCCCAGUGCAGAUGAGACCCCCUGAGUAUAGCCAGACACAUCAAGGUAUCCCCCAAGCUGCUUCCUCUCAACAUCUUUUAAACCAAGGUGUACCAAGUUCUUCUGGGCAAGCUAAUGGAGCAUGUCAGAUGAUGGGAGGCCUACCGCAGCCACAGGCAGUCCUCCAAAGUCAGCCCCAGCAGCCCUCAUCUCUUCAGGCUACCACCUCCAAUACAUCUUUUCAUGUUGGAGUCGCAGGUCAACCGCCUCAGAGCCACAUGGAUUGCCAGCAACAGAAACCACAGUCCCUCCCAACACAAAUCCAGAAUCUUGGGCUGUGCACCCAGUUGCCCACUACAAUGCAGAGCCAAGUGUCUGCCCCGAGUGUGCCUCCAUCUAAACCUCUGAUUGAGCACCAGGCCCAACCACAAAUUCUCCAUGUUGGUAAUAAUAGAUUGCCCCCGCAAGGUGUUCCCCAGAGUGUGUCCCAUGACCUCAGCAGUGCCCAGGCCCUGGCCCAUGCUGCUCAAGCUAGUGCGCUGUACGCUAGUCUGCCCACCUUCACAACCACUCAGCUGCAGGAUGCGCAGCGGCUCCUCCUCCAGCAUCAGUCGGCUUUACUGGGCUUGCCGAAGCUUUCAGGGGGGGACCCAGCAUCUGGAUCGAGCAUUGGCCAGAGUCAAGAAGCUGAAGGCCACACUGCCAUCGCCAGUGCCUUAACUGCAUCAGCUGGUCUCAAGACUGUGGAUGGAGAGGAGGAUGGCUCGUCGGGAGCCAGUGUUGUGGCCAUCGACAACAAGAUUGAGCAGGCAAUGGACCUGGUGAAGAGCCACCUGAUGUACGCCGUGCGCGAGGAGGUGGAAGUUCUGAAGGAGCAGAUCAAGGAGCUGAUUGAGCGCAACUCCCAGCUGGAGCAGGAGAACACACUGCUCAAGACGCUGGCCAGCCCGGAGCAGAUGGCACAGUUCCAGGCUCAGGUUCAGACCACAUCCCCGCCGGCCGCCCCAACGGCCGCCACCCCGGGCCCGGCAUGCACCAUCGCUCAGCCCGGCUCGCACACCUCGGGCCCCUCUGCAUAGCCUGGUGCGUACAGACUGACUUGAACGCUGCUUCUGCAAAAGCAUACAAGCAGGAGUUUUUGCUGUUCAUCCAAGAAUUUGCACAUAUUUAUCCCUCAGAAGGAUGCAUCCAGCGGGACAUGUGCACAAGGCGACAAUCCAGUGAUGCUAUUGAGGGAGGGGAGUUGGGUGGAAUUCAUUGAACAUUUGCCAAAAAAAAAAACAACACUUGGACAUAUCAGCUAGAAUGUCUUAUCAUGAAGCAAAACAGCGCUACAAAAAAUAAAUAAAAAAAACACACAGAUGCUUAAAAGAUCACAGUGCCUGUGUCUGGAUUUUAGGCGAUGUCAAUUUUACUGAAGAGAUAGGAGGAAGAAUGAUGGGAAGACUUUUUUUGUUCUUUUUUUUUGUUUUGUUUUCUGUAAAUAAUGUCUCUCACGCCUAGCAGCUAAUGUUACAAGCGGAGAGGGUUGAAAGAAAAAGGCCUUCCCAGAGUGACAAAGAAUGUGAGCAAAUAUCGUGACCAAGUCCCCAUCUGGAAUGGGGUGGGGUGGGGGGGUGCAGGCAAGCUAUUCUAAAUAACAGCGGCAUGGAUGAUGUUACUUCAACUGGGUUUUGGUGGAACAGACGACAAAUGGGUUUUCUUACUAAGAGGAUGUUACUAUAUUUUCAGUAUUUCUUUUCAAAGCUCAUCAUUGCUGUUGCUUGGAGUUGAAACGUGGUGAUGCAGGAGGCGGCAUUUUCCUGACUCAGAAAUUGGGCAGAAGAUGAUGUACAUUUUUGUAUAGUGUAAGUAAUGUGUAAGAUAGUAUGCGGGAAGAGAAACAACAGAUCUGUGUCUUGCUCACGCAGCCUGAGCAGCAACAUUCUCGCCUUGCCCAGACUGUUGUCUAUUUUUAAUGCUGUAUUUUCAGGAUGGGCUAUUUAAACUGACAAGGUUGGCUAGAACCUCCACUGCGACAUCAACUUACUGUAAAAGCAUUUUCUCUCUUCUUUCUGAGGUAUUGCACUUUUUUUUAUUAUUUAGAGUUUUUUUUUUUGACAGUGAAUUCUUUCUGGAUGAACAAUAUAUGAAUUUCUCAACAUUUAGAAGAAACAAGCUUCUGGAGAUGUUUUUCCCCCCCAUUUACAUUCUGUGUAUCAGUUGUAUGCUCAUGUUCUGUGCAUGUUUCUGCAAGACUGGAUGAGAAGUUGUAACAACAUACCACAAUUGCACUUGAAAGCUGCACUUCACAACUUUCAUUAAAAUGCUAAAGGUAAGAAGAA